AAACAUGAUUUCGAAGCUAUUUCAAGUGACUGUGCUGGUGUUGUUGGCUUCACAAUAUGCAAGAACGGAGAAUGAAGCAAAAUCUAUAGAAAAAAUAUUCUCCGCUUGUAAGAAGAGCUCACCGGAGUUUGAUGGCUGUAUGAAACGAGCUCUCAACAAAAUACGACCGUACUUUAAAUCAGGUAUCCCCGAGCUGGGCAUCCCCCACUUCGACCCGCACUUCGCAGCGGAGGUGCGGCAGGCGCGCUCCAUGCUCGGCGUCGGCUACCAGCUCACGCUGAGGAACGUCUUCGAGCGCGGCUGGACCGACUCCACCGUCACCAAGUUUAAGACGGACUGGCAGAAUGAGCGCAUCAUAUACUCGCAGUAUUUCCCUGAAAAAUGGCUUGAAGGAGAGUAUGAAUUCAAGGGCGACGCGCUAGGGCUGUCAGACCACCGCUCCGGGCACUGGAACCUGACGCUGCGCGACUACUCGCAGACCACGCGCAUCAAGCGGCGCGGGGCAGCCCUGGACGUGCACGUGGAGAUCGACCGCAUUGGGGACAUGGACAUCCAUGUCGGGAACUUGCUUAGAGGGAGGAGCGUUUUGGAGCUGAUGCUGGACCGGGUGAUCAACGCGACGUGGAAGCCGGGGUUCGCCGUCAUCCGCCCGCUCAUCAACGACCUCGUCAGUACUGCCUUCACAGACAUCUGGAGUAGGGCCUUCAAGGACUUCCCACUUGCAAACUUUAUCAAGGACUGACCUAUAGUUAUACUUUUACCUCAUAGCUAAUCUAGGGUAUGCAUAUUAGAGGUUUAUUUGUAAGUAUUUGUUAUGUUUGAUAAUGGUUUAAUGUUAUUGUAGGCAUUUUAAGUACUUUCAGUACAUUUAUUGUUGUUUUUUAAGUUAUUAAUCUUAUCAUAAAGUUGAUGAGAAGGAUAAAAAUAAUAAUUAAAUACUCUCAUCUAUUGGAUUUUCAUAAGCCUAUAAGAUUGAUAGUUCUUGGGGGCUCACACUUUGUACCUACGGUAUAGUAUAAAUUGGGAGUAAAUUGG